GCCCGGCUCCUGCCGAGGGAGGAGGCGCGAGAAUCAGCCUGCUCCAGUGAGUGAGACAAACUGGACGUGAGCGGAGCUGGUGCUGUCCACAGUGUGUCGGUGCUGAACCCGGGCUGUGCGCGCAUCGCCUGCUUGGGCACCUGGAGGCAACGCCCACGGGAGCCCUCUGUGCCCGGUGGGACCCGCGCCACCAGCAGGACCCAUUUAACUUGACAAAGGAGUGCGACUCGGACGUGGGAGAGACUCCUGUGUUUGCAAUCUGGGCGCCCACUCAAGCGUGACUUUGGAGAUUUCUGUAGUUUUAACUCUAAGUAUUUUGAUUUUUUUUCCAACCUAAGACGAUUUUUCAUCAUCAUUAUUUCUUCUUCUUUUUAAAACUGUGACUCGUAUUUCCACAACGUUUAGGAGUCCUUUUGGGGACUUUAUUUUUGUUGACUUAAGGUGAAAAUCGAUAAGGAUGUUUAAGAGCUGGUCAGCCAUUUUGAUUCUUGGAUUCAUCCUUCUGGAGUCUGAAGGGAGGCCAACAAAAGAAUCAGGAUAUGGCCUUAAAUCCUAUCAGCCUCUCACAAGACUACGGCACAAGCAGGAAAAAAGUCAAGAAGGUUCAAGAAUCAAAGAACUUCUGAUUCAGGACGGACCUUUUGGAUCUUGUGAGAAUAAGUACUGUGGCUUGGGGAGGCACUGUGUUAUCAGCAGAGAGACAAGACAUGCAGAGUGUGCCUGCAUGGACCUUUGCAAACAGCACUACAAGCCUGUGUGUGGAUCGGAUGGGGAAUUCUAUGAAAACCAUUGCGAAGCGCACAGAGCUGCCUGCUUGAAAAAGCAAAAGAUCACCAUUGUGCACAAUGAAGACUGCUUCUUUAAAGGAGACAACUGCCUGGCCACUGAGUACAGCAAGAUGAAAAGUAUGCUUUUAGAUUUACAAAACCAAAAGUACAUUACACAAGAAAAUGAGAAUCCUAACAGUGAUGACAUAUCUAGGAAGAAGCCGUUGGUGGAUCAAAUGUUCAAGUAUUUUGAUGCAGACAGUAAUGGACUUGUAGAUAUUAAUGAACUAACUCAGGUGAUUAAACAGGAAGAACUUUACAAGGACCUUUCUGACUGUUCUUUGUACGAUCUGCUCAAGUAUGAUGACUUCAAUGCUGACAAGCACCUUGCUCUUGAAGAAUUCUACAGAGCAUUUCAGGUGAUCCAGUUGAGUCUGCCUGAAGAUCAGAGAGUCAGCAUUACUGCAGCCACUGUGGGACAAAGUGCUGUUCUGAGCUGUGCCAUUGUGGGAGCUCUGAGACCCCCUAUCAUAUGGAAGAGGAACAACAUUGUUCUAAACAAUUUGGAUUUGGAAGACAUCAAUGACUUCGGUGAUGAUGGGUCCUUGUAUAUCACAAAGGUAACCACAGUUCACAUGGGAAAUUAUACCUGUUACGCAGAAGGCUAUGAAAAUGUCCGUCAGACACACAUCUUCCAAGUGAAUGUUCCUCCAGUCAUCCGGGUGUAUCCAGAGAGUCAAGCCAGAGAACCUGGAGUAACAGCCAGCCUUAGGUGCCAUGCAGAGGGCAUUCCAGACCCUCAGCUUGGCUGGCUCAAGAAUGGGAUUGAUAUUACACCGAAGCUCUCCAAACAGCUCACACUGCAAGCAAAUGGCAGUGAGGUCCACAUAAGCAAUGUGCGUUAUGAAGAUACGGGAGCUUACACGUGCAUUGCUAGGAAUGACGCAGGCGUGGAUGAAGACAUCUCUUCUCUUUUUGUGGAAGAUUCUGCUAGGAAGACCCUAGCUAACAUAUUAUGGAGAGAAGAAGGUCUGGGAAUUGGAAACAUGUUCUAUGUUUUUUAUGAAGAUGGAAUCAAAGUAAUACAACCCACAGAAUGUGAAUUUCAGAGGCACAUUAAGCCCAGUGAAAAGCUUCUUGGAUUUCAGGAUGAAGUCUGUCCGAAAGCGGAAGAGGAUGAAGUGCAGAGAUGUGUGUGGGCUUCUGCUGUUAAUGUCAAAGACAAGUUCAUUUAUGUCGCUCAGCCAACUUUGGAUAGAGUCUUGAUUGUUGAUGUACAGUCCCAAAAAGUUGUUCAGGCAGUGAGCACAGAUCCUGUACCAGUUAAAUUACACUACGACAGGUCACAUGACCAGGUUUGGGUUCUGAGCUGGGGCAGCAUGGAGAAGACAUCACCAACUCUACAGGUGAUAACCCUGGCCAGUGGAAAUGUGCCACACCACACCAUCCACACACAGCCAGUUGGCAAACAGUUUGACAGAGUGGAUGACUUUUUCAUUCCCACCACAACACUUAUCAUUACCCACAUGAGGUUUGGAUUUAUUCUUCAUAAAGAUGAAUCUGCACUACACAAAAUUGAUCUUGAAACCAUGUCCUACAUCAAAACAAUUAACCUGAAGGACCCAAAGUGCAUGCCCCUGUCCUUGGCAUACACUCACCUGGGAGGAUACUACUUCAUUAGCUGCAAGCCUGACAUCACUGGAGCCCUUCCACCCCAGCUUGUGGUGGACAGUGUGACUGAUUCUGUCAUUGGCUUCAACAGCGAUGUGACCGGAACCCCUUACAUCUCCCCAGAUGGACACUAUCUUGUCAGUGUGAAUGACGGGAAAGGUCUUGUGAGAGUCCAGUAUAUCACCAUCAGAGGAGAAAUCCUGGAUGCUUUUGACAUCCACACCAACCUGCACAUCUCUGACCUGGCCUUCCAGCCAUCCUUCACAGAAGCCCACCAGUACAACAUCUAUGGCAGCUCAAGCCAACAAACAGAUGUGCUCUUUGUAGAGCUUUCCUCUGGUAAGGUCAAGAUGAUCAAAAGCCUCAAAGAACCUCUCAAGGCAGAGGACUGGCCCUGGAGCCCGAAAAACAGGCACAUCCAAGGCAGUGGCCUAUUCGGACAAUACCUGAUGACCCCCUCCAAAGAUUCUCUCUUCAUCCUGGAUGGCCGCCUUAAUAAGUUAAACUGUGAGAUCACUGAGGUUCAGAGAGGAAACACCGUUGUUUGGGUUGGAGAUGCAUAAGGAGCCCUAUUACCUAUUUAUGGAGGAAGAGUUUUACAGUACCUUGCACUUGAUCCAUAUUUAAAUUACAGCUUAACUUUUCCAAGUUUAUUACCUAGUCAAAAUCCCUUUGUUGGUUAAAUAAGCUGUUUUUUUUUUUUUUUCCCAAGAGUGAUAUUGGCCAGUUAGAAACAUUUCAUACAAUAUUUAAUUAGAAAUUACAGCACUCACAAGAAUAAAAACAUGUCGUUAUAUUUUAAACCAAUAAAAUGAUAUUUGAAAUUCUUUAAAUAAACAAAAAUAAACUGCAGGGAAUUUCAGAUGACCUAAGUAUCAUGUCAUUUUUUUUUUACAGUAUUUUAUUUUUCUUUGUCCUUUUGCUAUGUUUGAAUCGGAAAUAAAAGGUCAUGUGGAACCUUAAAAAUUCUAAAUGUAAAAUACUCUGUCCCAUCCACUGUUUAAAAUCUUUUGUGCCUUGAAGGAAAUGUCAUAGGAAAAAAAGGAAGGCUAAAGUCUGCAUAUUGGACAACCUCAUAGCAAUGAAUCUACUGUCAUUAAGAAAUGUUUAUAUCUUGCGCCAAAUCCUGCCUUCAGGCAUUUGUUUGACCUUCAGUGAAAUGUCAUGUGAAGGCAUAAUUUGGCCAUGGGCCGUGUACAGAUGAGAAGCUAUCCAACAUUCUCUGUACAAUGUGCAUCCUGCUAUGGGAAAUGGACAGGAAGGGAGAGAGCUACGUAUGGUAAAACGUCUGCAAUGUGUUGGUACACUUUUACCUUCAUUCACUACAGUGCAGCAUGUUAUCAGUGUGAGUCUGUCUGGGAAUUCAACUGCUUACAGGGGCCUCCUUUAUGGUCAGGGUUGACUUUCUUGUGCAGACCAGGGUCGCAUAAGUCAAGAACUUCCUCAGCUCUGGAAAAGGAGCAUGACUAUUCGCACUGAAAGAACAGCUUGUAGGGAGACUGACAGUGAGACAAAACUGGACCCACUCCAUGUAGCACAGUGGCCUAUAUCAUCCUCAGAAAACAUUCACUUGUUUGGUCCAAAUAAGCUGAAUGGUUUCUAGUAGAAACAGGUAAGGUGAACCCACAGCGCCAAUGAAGGUGGACGUCUCCACUGCUUUUGUUGUUCUGAUGUGUCUAGUAAAGAAGCCCAUCCUUGAUCAUUUUCCAAAAUGACUUCUGCUUCUGCAUAUGUAAAGCAUCUUCUCCUAACUGUGUGCUCUAGCUGAGCCUCUUGAGGUACUCUAGAGAAGUGAAAAUUACUGCCUUUAUCCUUUUUACUAAAGGAGAGCAUAGAAGACCAGUAGAGAUAGAUUAAUACCAGAAAGCUGGGUUAUUGGAAUAGGACAGAACGAUCCAGGUGUAAGGGAAUAGCAUACAUGAUUUGAAAAUCUUUUCUACUUAUUUUUCUUCUUACUAUUGCUAAAACUGCUAAUGAGCUAUUGAAAUAAUAUCCAUUUGCUGAAGUUACUCCAAUAAGAUCUUUUUUUAAAUACAACUUUUAUCCAAGUUUAAAUUGUGUAAAACUGCAUAGGAACUUGGAAUUUUAUAGUGCACACUCUCUUCUGUGUAUAUAGCACCAUGGGCUGUGUGAUUAUAGAUUUCUUCUUAGCUUAAGGAAACAUUAAGGGAGAUAGAUUUAAUAAACAACAAAGAUCAGCUUACGUUUUUACUGAUUGAGUCUGUUUUACUCUUUAGUAGGUUCUUCCCCUGUGAACAUGAAUCAUGCUGUGUCUUUGUGUUAAUGAUUUGGUGUAAGUCUGUCCUGUACAUGCACAUCUUCCUUUAGAAGCUUUCACCAUAUGGAUGCUGUUUGUUGUCAUUGCUUGAUAAAAGAAUAAACCACUUAUGUUUUAUUGCUUGUGU